AUGCUCAUGCUUGGAAAUAUUUUCUCUAUGGUGAAUUUUCUGGUUGUUACGCUCUCGGCAAACUUGGCUAAAAUACAAACAGAUGACAAAACGCAGCAGCUCACAGCCAAUAAAACAGGUAAUUAUAGUAGUGACGCUCCAUUGAUACAGAGUAUUAAUAUUUCAAGUGCACCUGUUACGCGAAUGGCCAAGGAUGAACCACAAUCUGAAGAAAGUUCCAGUGAAAAUGAUUUAACGGCUAAAAAAUCAACAAACGAGAAAAAAUUUGAAACGCGCUCUAAUAAAUUACACAAGAAAUCGUCGUUCACGAGGAUUAGAGCGACUUACGCUCGGCUUAAGCAGAUAUUCCAGCGUGAUAAUGUAACCGUUGGAAGACCAAGAUCACCCAGCAAAUUCACACAAGGCCAAGGAAAUAAAACAUGGGAAGCGCAAAGUUCUGGUUCUCGUUCAAAAGAAACGCUUUCUAGGAGCAGCACAAGCAAUUACACCAGAAAAUCAGAACGAGUCCGAAAACAUGACAUCACAUCGCACAAAACACAGAAUAGCGAAGAUGAGAAUCCGAGCAAUGAUGAAACCUCAAUGUUCAGAAAGUUACACCGCCAAGCAUCCUUGAAAUCAUCUAAUCAAGAUGAAUCGGAAUCUCACGAUGCUAGUCAAUCACGGACGAAUCACCAUAAGCACCUGCGCAGAUCAAAAUCAGAUCCUUCUGCAUCAUCAAAUCACCAAAAACGGGCGCACAGAAGAGAAGAACGAGAGGCCUACAUAAAAAAUAAGUACUUGGUCGCGCCACACCGUGAUUACAUCCAUCCAAACGAACUUUUCCCUCACAAAAAAUUUAGUGCGCUAAAGAUUGGUGCCGCUAGAUUGGAUAGUAUGCUAAAUAGUAGGGCUAAGAUGAUGUUUAACGAACAUUACAGGAGAAAAUUAGACAUAUACCUCGAAUUGAUCCAGCGAUGCAUCAUUUUCAUAGACAAAUUAUUUAGUAACGACAAAUCGGCAUACUUUGAAUACGAAAAACUCAUCCGUUCAUACACUAACUUUCUCGAUAAUCUGCUAACCACUGUCAAAUGCUAUCAUCAACACACAAUCAUGAAGAAUCCCAAUUCGAUAUCUUUUAAUUACAUAUUCUAUCACCAUGACCAUGAUUACAACAAAUUGACUACUGAUUUAGAUUGUAUUCAGAAAAUACUCUCAGAAUAA